GCAACAUUGGAAUCAAAUCAAUCAAAACCCAAAAACACCCAUUCUAUCAGUUUAAAAAGAUAUAAUUUAGUAUUUUGCUUCGAUUUUCGAUUACGGGAUAUUUCGAAAUUUUUACGUUUUCAUAACAAUUAAUUGCUUUUUAUAUUUUAUAAAAAAGUACUAUAAACGCCGCCAAAAUUAGUUACUACUCUAAAUAUAACGGAAAUAUUUCCAGCAUGGCUAAGCCAGUAUUAUAUUCAUACUGGCGAAGCUCAUGUGCUUGGCGCGUUAGGAUCGCGCUGAAUCUGAAAGAAAUACCAUAUGAUAUAAAGGCAGUGAGCCUUAUAAAAGGCGGAGGGGAGCAACACUGCAAUGAGUACCGGGAAGUCAACCCUAUGGAGCAAGUGCCAUCUCUCUGUAUAGAUGGGCACACCUUUGUGGAAUCUCUGAGUAUCAUGCAUUAUUUGGAGGAGACUAGACCUCAGAGGCCUCUGAUGCCUCAAGACUGUUUUAAAAGGGCAAAAGUUAGGGAAAUAUGUGAGGUGAUAGCCUCAGGUAUUCAACCCCUUCAGAAUCUCGUGGUCCUGAUCCACGUUGGGGAAGAAAAGAAAAAAGAAUGGGCACAGAAAUGGAUCACACGGGGAUUCCGUGCAGUUGAAAAACUAUUGUCGGCCUCCGCUGGGAAGUAUUGUGUGGGAGAUGAAAUUACACUGGCCGAUUGUUGCCUGGUACCUCAAGUGUUUAAUGCAAGAAGAUUCCACGUAGAUCUUCGUCCGUUCCCUAUAAUUCUGCGCAUCGACCGCGAGCUAGAGAACCACCCGGCGUUCCGAGCGGCCCACCCGUCCGCGCAACCCGACUGUCCACCAGAGGUCGCUAAAUGAACCCACCUCCCAGCUUGCUCCACAUAUUUACCAUAUGAAACUGUCAGUUUUUUAUAACAAUAAUUUACAUAAUUCUUUUUUUACUUGCAAAAUAAGGAUCACAUUUGCCAUUUGUUGUAAGACAGUGUGGUGAUGAUUCUAAUAUUGCAAAAGAUAUUAAUGAAAUUGCUGCAUAGGAUACUGUGAAUAUAGUACUGUGCUAGUUGCGCCAACCCACAAAUGUUAAGUUCAUUUUGUAUCUAAAUUUAUUUGAACAAAUGUUAUACUCAUUUUGUAAAAUUGUCGAAAAAUAUAUUUUUCUUUUUUUUUU